UAUGACAGGCUGCAAUGCUGGCAGCUGAAGAGAAACCAUUGCAAGCGUUUCAGUGCACAAAAACAUUUCAGUGCACGUCCUACUUGUAAACCUCUACAGCAGGGCGAUUUUGCGCGUUCCCGUGACUCUCGCCAUAGAAAACAAAGCUGAACGUCUUCCAUAUCAGCUAGGGGUGCAGACUUGAGGAAUAUCCGAAUUUAUCCUGGAUACAUCACGCUGAAUAUGGAUUUACAGUGGGUGUAGCAUCGUUGGAGACCGAGCCUUCUCGGCUGGGGUGACGGCAGGACAUUAGCGAAACCGACGAAAAUAACAUCAGUGUGUUUUUUUUUUUUCUCGGGGUGCUUUGUCUUGUCCACCAAACGAUAGCAAACCAUCAUACCCAUUUCAAUUGCAAGAUAUACAGCUAGUGAUCACUAGCUGCUGCCGGGAUGUAUCAUCAUGUUGUCACCUAAAAGUAACUGCUAGGACGUCGGAUUGUGAAGGAAAAGCAGAAAACCUCGCCGAGGUCCCAACGGGUUGUCACCGGGACCUGAAUCUGCGUUAGCCACAGUCGCAGAACCCACUGUUUUCGGCGAUAUGGCGGAGCAGGGCUACUCGUCUUGGGCGUACUCCCUAGUCGACUCCAGCCAGGUGUCCACCUUCCUCAUCUCCAUCCUUCUCAUCGUCUAUGGCAGCUUCAGGUCAUUAAACAUGGAUUGUGAGAACCAGGAGAAGGAUAAAGAUGGUAACCCCUCGACAACAGGGUCUUUCAAUAACAGCAAUACAAACAACAGUAUUCAGACUAUAGACUCCACACAGGCUCUUUUCCUGCCCAUAGGAGCCUCUGUGUCUCUUCUAGUCAUGUUCUUCUUCUUUGACUCGGUACAGGUGGUCUUCACCAUCUGCACUGCAGUUCUUGCAACAAUUGCAUUUGCAUUCCUCUUGUUGCCAAUGUGCCAGUAUCUGACCAGACCCUGCUCCCCACAGAACAAGAUUUCGUUUGGCUGCUGUGGGCGUUUCACACUGGCCGAGCUGCUUUCCUUCUCCCUCUCUGUUAUGUUGGUGCUCAUCUGGGUGCUGACUGGACACUGGCUUCUCAUGGACGCUUUAGCCAUGGGCUUGUGUGUCGCCAUGAUAGCCUUCGUGCGGCUUCCCAGUCUGAAGGUGUCGUGCCUGCUGCUGUCAGGACUGCUCAUUUAUGAUGUGUUCUGGGUGUUCUUCUCAGCCUACAUCUUCAAUAGUAAUGUGAUGGUCAAAGUUGCCACCCAACCUGCUGAAAAUCCCAUAGAUGUUCUGUCCAGGAAGCUCCACUUGGGGCCGGGGAUGGGCCGCGAUGUCCCUCGCCUCUCCCUACCUGGCAAACUGGUCUUUCCCAGUUCCACAGGAAGUCACUUCUCAAUGCUGGGAAUAGGAGACAUUGUGAUGCCGGGGCUGCUGUUAUGUUUCGUCCUUCGGUAUGACAACUAUAAGAAGCAAGCAACAGGGGAAGUCCCAGGGCCUGGUAACAUGUCCGGACGCAUGCAGCGCGUCUCCUAUUUCCACUGCACUCUCAUCGGAUACUUUGUGGGUCUGCUGACUGCCACUGUGGCCUCCAGGAUCCAUCGUGCUGCUCAGCCCGCUCUGCUCUACCUGGUGCCCUUCACCCUGCUGCCUCUGCUCACUAUGGCCUACCUGAAGGGGGAUUUGCGGCGCAUGUGGUCCGAGCCCUUCCAUGCCAAGACCAGCAGCUCCCGCUUCCUGGAGGUAUGAUGCACCCUGGGAUAAAAGACCAGCGCGGGGAGGACUGCGGAUCCUUUCCCUUAAUUAGAGGGAAGGAGAGAGGGUACACUCACAGUGAGGCCAUGUUGUCAUCACUUGUUCAUGCUUUCCGCCAAUCUUCUGUGAAAACCCUCAGAAGGACACCAGUGUGUGGAUCACAACGCCCCAACACAACUCAUCUUUGGUCCCCACAUCCUCCCUGUUUCAUCUCCGCUUCCUCUUUUCUGUUUAUUUCCUCUCCAUUAUAGCACAUCCUGCCUGUGCUGUUUUUGUUCUGCCACCCCUCCCUCUCUUUUUUUUUUUUUUUUCCCUUUUUCCUAGUUGGUCUUUUUGCCACUUCCCUCUCAUGGCCAGCUCCGUUCGACAGGCCUCUUCUCUCUCUGCGUUUUUCUUCUUUCUCUGCGUCUUUAAUUUCCUCUGCAACUGUUUGUCACUGACUCAGAUGAACUCGAGGGCCAGACCUCCCCCCUUUUUGUGGACUUACGGUUGUGAGACAUGGCUGGGGUUUAUAUAUAUUUUUUUAGCAUUGUCGUGGUCAUUAUUAUUAUUGAUAUUAUUAUUAUUAUUAUUAUUAUGGAACGAUUUAAACAAACGUUGAAGAGGCGGAGUGUUGCAGUGGCACAGGACAGUGCUCGGGAGCAGCGACACAGUGAAGGAGAAGAGUCUUCCCCAUCCAUCUUUCUCCCUCUUUCUUCCCUGCUUUCUUUAUCUGUUCUCAUCAUCAUCCCACAACGAUGGCUUCUCCCCAGCACUCCUGCCCUCCCCCGACACUCCCUGCGAGCUCCACCCUCCUCCUCUCUGUUCAUCUGCUGUCCCCAUUCCCCACCCUCACAGAUAACUAUGUAUUUUAUUUAGAAAAGUUUUAUUCUUGGCAUAUACAGAAAUGAUGCAUUAUAAAUUGUUAAGCUGCCCCCAGUGUUUGAGGGACCGCUUCUAUUUGUAUAUAUGUGUACACAUGUAUUUGCGGUAUCUGAGUUUGUAUCUGUGUUUGGGAGCAUGUUGUUUAGGGUGGGAAACUGACACCAGCCAGCAGCCCAGUUUUGGUAUAUUUGGCUGCCAUUUGUGUCAAGUUGACCAGUGAGCAUCCAUCAUUCCGAGGUUGUUUUCUAAAGUUUGUUGGCUUGUCUGAUAGAAACUUAGCUGGUGGAUUUUUGAAAGAAGAAAAAAAAAGAAAAAAAAACCAUCUUCAUCAGUGGCUGGUUAAUGAAAAAGUUAGUUUCCUGCUCAUGUGUGUGAGUGUGUGGGUGUGUGUGUGUGUGUGUGUGUGUGUGUGUGUGUGUGUGUGUGUGUGUGUGUGUGUGUGUGUGUGUGUGUGUGUGUGUGUGUGUGUGUGAUUGAGAAUGUAUGUGUGUGUGAGCGAGCGAGCGAAACAGGUGAGUGAAUGUUUGUUUUACUUGGUUUUAAUUUCAAAUCAUAAACUUGUUAAAAACAGUGAUAAUAGUCAGGUUUCCACUGAGCUGGGCGUGUUGGAUCAAACUGUCAAAAACACACGACUUGUCUAAUGGAAACAGUUUGUGUUUCAUCUUGUAAAAAUUUACUGAAAACUUAUUCUCAACAGGGGUCAAUUUUCUUUUUUAUCAGUCUUUGCGCGGACAGGGGGAAAUGUAAACAGUGUUUGUUUUUUGUUUUUUGUUUUUUUUUUUCAAAUAAAUGAAUGUUGAAUUAAUUAAGAAUGCUAUUUUACUUUUUAACAUGAAACCUCAUCAUGCAUCAUGCUGGGUUUUCUUCUGAAUUUCUGUAGUGCACAUCCUAAAUUUACACACAUUUAUGGCCAUGGAUACACUAAAAGCAUUUUAUGUCAGCUUUCCCAAGUCUAUAAAUGUCUGAGCAUGAUUAUAUCAAAUCAGUGUUUAUAUACUUUGACAAAAGACAAGCACAUUUCAUCUGAGCUUUGUAAAUGUCAGUGUUUCACCUCAGUCGAUGAAGACCUGACUAUUGUGAAAGUUUGGACUCAAAGCCUGGAGAAGAGGGUCAGUGGGAUAUGAAGAGGUACUGUGGUUGGAUUCAUAUGUAGUUCCAUAUAAAGGGUUCUGUGUGUGUGUGUGCGUGUGCAGCCGUACGUACUUCUAUCUUUGUGAGGACCAGUUUGAGUUAUAGAGCUCACAGAGGGGACAUUUUGGCCGGUCCUCACAACUAUAAAGGGCCGUUUGAGGGUUAAGACUUGGUUUUACGGUUCAGGUUAGAAAUAUGUUUGGGUUAGAGUUAGGGGCUGGGGAAUGCAUUAUGUCAAUGAGUGUUCUCACAAAGAUGAAAGUACAACUAGAAGUACGUGUGUAAGUGUGUGUGAGAGAGAAAGAUGGAAGUCUGGACCUAGGGAGGAGAGAAAAUAAGUUGUACCCUUCAGAAAUCAAAAAUGAAAAUUAGAAAAUAAAGCUUACCCAUACGGAUGUUUUUACUUUGACCAUUUGGUACCCAACAGUCUUACAUGUUGUUUUGGUUUGUUUUGUUUGUUUUUUUCUGUCCUUCCCCUGUUUUGUGGUGCUUGUCAGUUGAUAUCUAAUGUAUACUGGAAAAAGUGUGAGUGAGUGUAUG